CGCGUUUGUUGCUUGUAGUUGUCGCGAGUUGACUGGCUGCUGACUUGACAACAGGUGAACGUGAGUUCAACGUCAGAACCACGGCGGACAGGACAUGACACUCAGGGGCGAGCAUGCGAGGAGAGGACGGUCACUGAAAGAGAAUCAACACAAUCACUCUGCAAUUGGAAGAGGAUGGGCUGUCCCGCAGUGCUUUUGUUUCCUGUGAGAAGAAAACUUCAAUCACUUCAAACGUCAGUCCUCAUUGGUCCAUAUAGUGUUUCAUGAGAACCCUCUAGGUGUCGUCUGAUUGGUCUUUCAUUCCACUGCAAAGACUUUGCAGCCAAUUGGUGUCUGCCUGGCAGAGUCUCUGCAGCAGAUUUCUGCUUCACUUGGGACAGAGCACAACAGGACAGGGAGAGAGGGGCGAUCGAGGUUCACCGCAGCUGAAUCAGGGAUUUUGCACAAGUGAUCUCCAGCAUGGAGGUGCCCAGGAGGCCUCAUCCCACCUCCCUUACACUUGUUCUCCCUAAGCCGGCCUCAUCCGCUCUGUCACCUCUCGGAGCUGUCGAGACGGUCGCUAAGAAAGAGCCAAUGACGGAGAAGCUCCAGGAGAGGAAGGAUGGAACCGCAGAGAAAGAGCCGUUUGAAGAAGAGACAUUCCAUACAGAGGAGGAAUCAGUUGCACCCUCAGAACUUAAAGAUACAGAUACUUCCACUGUGGAAACAAAGCUUUCGUCACAGGAUAGUUUCUCAGAUGACAGUUCAUUGUCAGAGGAGCGGCUUGCAGAGGAGGCAAAAGAGGCCAAAAGGAAGUCUGAAGAGGAGGAAGCAGCAGCUAAAGAAAGGGCAGCCCAGAGACAGCUUAUGGCCAUAGAGGAGCUGGUCCAGUCUGAAAGGAAUUAUCUUCACUUGCUGCAAAUGAGCACUGUGACCAUCAGGAGCAACCUGCAGAAACUACAGCCGCCUCCAGCCAACCUGGACAGCAUGUUUGUCUACAUAGAGGAUGUGAUUGAUGUGUCCAGUCGACUCCUCAGCCUCCUGGACCAGAAGCAAGUUCAGCCCGGAGACCCUCACUUCCUGGAGACACUCUGUGAUUCAUUCCUCAGCCUGUCUUCGGACAUUGAGGAAGCCUAUAGGGAAUACUUAGCCAACUACAACAAUGUUACAGUGGUGGAGAACAGCUACAAACAGAAGGAGGCACUUUGGAAUGACAUUGUCAGAGUCAUCAAGACCUCAGCGCCUGAAGUAAAUGCCACCUCUCUGAGCUUCUUCCUGGUGAUGCCGGUGCAGCGGAUUGCCCGCUACCCCCUCCUGCUGCAGACCAUCCAGAAACACACAGAGAUAACUCACCCAGCAUAUGCCCUUCUGGAGCAGACCGCUCACACCUCCAUUGCCUUGAACUGUCGCAUCAAUGAGUACAAACGCUUCAGAGAAGUCGCUGACAAAUACAAGAAGACAGAAACCCUAACCAUUAAGGACAAGAUCAACCGCCUCAACUCCCACAGCAUCGCAAAGAAGACUGCAAGGCUCAGCCAGCACAUCAAACAUGAGACUGGAAUAGCAACUAAGCUGGUGGAUGAGGAGUUUGACGCCCUGGAAGGUUUCUUCUAUGUUCUGGAGCACGGGAUCCUGGAGCUCCUAGAGAAUGUGGAGACGUACCUGCACCACCUACAGGGCUUCCUGGCCUGCAAAACAGAGGAGUUUGACUUAGAUAUGGACGGAGAAAAGGCACCUAUUUGCUACAAGGAGAUCACUACCGCUCUCAGACAGUGGAUUCUUCCUACAUUUGAGAAGAGGAUGAGGACGUUAAUCCACAAACCACUGUGUGCACUCCGUGACCUCCUGGUGGGCCCAAGGAACCUGAUCAGAAAAAGGCUGGACAAGCUGCUCGAUUAUGAACUGAUUUGUGAAAAAUCCAGUCUGAGCUAUGAGGAGCAGGCUGUGGCCAACACGUACAGGACGAUGAAUACGUUGCUCCUCAAUGAGCUUCCUCAGUUUAACGGUUUGGCUCUGCAGAUGAUCUGGAGCAUGUUGGGAACGUUCAGCUGUCUGCAUAAAGACCUCGCCUCCGACAUGGAGCAACUUUUCCAGAGCUUUGCACAACAGCUCCCUCACAGCUCUCUUGACCCAAGUGCAUUCUGGGGGUGGGCAGAGUCUGCGGUGUUGGAAGGCGCGAGGAGGAUAGAAACUCUGUGUCGUAGCGUAGAGGACACACUUCAUGCUCCUGUCGUCCAGCCCUUGAGUCCAUCCUCUCAGCGCCGUCUGAAGCAGCUAACAGAUAAGCACGGUUCUGGAAAGAUCUACCAGGUGGUGGGGACAGUGGUGGGCAGCCGGGACCUGGACCUGAAUCUGGCCAAAGGGGAGCUGGUGGCUAUUAUCAGUGAGGCAGACAGCCGGGGAGACAAGCGAAGAUGGCUGGUUGAUGCAGGAGGCAGAAGAGGUUAUGUUCCCUCCUCAAAGCUGCUUCGCUAUCACCAGCCAACAGAGGACCCGCCCCCUUCGCCACACCUGACCCUGCCUGUGGGUGGGGCAGGAAUCAGAAGACACUCCUACACCCCAGAGGGCCGACCACUGACCGUCAUGAGCCAGCCAUGCUUCCAGGUAUUGGCGGCCUAUGACUUCACAGCAAGAGGAAACCAUGAAGUAUCUGUACGGGCUGGCGAGCCAGUCCGUGUCCUGGAGCCCCACGACAAACGAGGGAAUCCUGAAUGGAGUCUGGUGGAGGCGAGAGGUGGGCAGAGAGGCUACGUGCCCUCCAACUACCUCGCAAUCAUGCCUGUUGGGACUGGACCAGCUGGAACACACCAACCCUACUGAAGGGAACGAAGAAAUGAAGGAGAGAAAAAAAAACAGCAGCUUCUACAGUAUCAGCAUGUACAGUAUGACAGGGGUUUUAGGCUUACAGCAGUAUUUUUGUAAUGGAGCAGCACCUUCUUGUAGCAUGUAUUACAAAGUGAAGUUUUUAAACACAUAAUUAAGAAGAUUUGACAGCCACAAUGUGAGCCAAGUUCUGCUCUCUACUUUUUCAGUUUUACAGCCUGAAUUGUGCAGUUCCUUGUACAAAAUUUUGAGGAAAGAAAAGUCUAAAAUCAAAAAUAAUGCAUCAAAGGGCUUUACAAUCAUUACAGCAUGCAGCGCCCUCCAUGCUUAGACCCUAAUUGGAUAACGAAAGAAAGAGUAGGUCUUCUGAUUGUUACCUAUUUUAAGUCACAGUCGGCCCUCAUUUUUAGGUCAUUUCUGCACUCAGCCAAAUUUAGAAAAUGUCUUUCUUAGUCUGCACUAUUAAUGUAUCUUUCCAAAAUGUUUCUCAAAGCCAGAUAGUGCCAACACACAAAUGGAAAUUUUAUAAACACUGACAUCUGAAAAUGAUGGUGGUCGAGAAUCACCUUAUGUUCUUUUUUUUUUUUUUUUGACUGUGGACCAUCUAUGCGACACACUGGAAAAAAAUGGGUGUGGUGUCUUGCUCAAGAGCACUAUGGCAGAGCAGACGCUUACUGAGAUGGAAUUUAACUUUGUUUUUAUAAGCUGAAGGAUAAUCUUUUACGUUGCGCAGCAGGUUUUUAUUGCCAUUGCUACAAAGCCCCAGAGAUGAAGAAUAGUAUUAGAGGUGUACUGGGGUUAACAGACAUGUAUAAACAAAAGGACAUUUGAAUUUAAAACCAUUGACUGUAUGUUCUAAUUAAAGCGUUCAUGUGUUAGUGAGUUAAACUGCAACACACAGAGAGCACGAGUUGGUGUGUGUAUGCCUGUGUGCAUCUGUUUGAUAUGAAAUUGAGCUGACGGGUGAAUGUGUGUGUCUGUGUGAGAGUGUGCGUGUGUUGAGUCUCCUCCUCCUCACCUGGAGGCAGGAGCAGUACUGUAUCGAGACUGACAGGUACACAGCACUCUCAUCAUCUCAGACUGUGUAAUGUGAUGUAAAUGUUAAAUGUCUCCAGGGCCGAGUUGGAGAGAAACCGAGAGGAGAAAGGGAGAGGAGGAGAUGUAAAGACAGAGGAAGGAACAGGGAGACAAACUGAAAGAGUUGGAGGGGAAAUGUGAAGAUCAGCAGGCGAGCAGGAGACUCAGCAGAGUUAUCCUGUUAGUGUGGAUGUGUCCUUUCUCUCAGCCUCCUUCCUUCUUCUCUAUCCGUAAGCUGAUUUAAAUUCACACCUCUCUUCCUGUAUGUGUAAAGGCGAUGUGUUGCUGUUGUGCUUUCAUUCACUCAGCUACUAUUACAGCGACGACUAAAUUGCUCCUUCAGGUUUUGGGCUUGAAAAGGUUUUAAUCUUGGAUAUAAAACAUUGCAGACGCAACUGAAGCGGCCUACUUCUGUAUUCAUAGGCAUCUUGAUGAUGCUUGUUGCCAUGGAUACAGUUCAAUCAAUGCAGGCCAUGUCUUCCCGUGGCAACUCGUCAAGUCGGCUGGACUGUGACAAAACAUUUAGCAAUAGCAUAAUUUAAUUGUUAUUGCCAGUUUACCAAGAGUUUGCUACAGGUGUACAGACCUGAAUGACAAGAAGAAGCAUUCUGCACCAUGGUCUCAGUGGGUCCACCUCUGUAUAUGACAUAUCGGUGGUUCUAUACAUUGUAUUGCUCUACAUUUAGCUCCCAAAAAUAAUUCCUAUCUCACUCCUGAUCAUGGAGUCAAGUCUUCAUCUCUCAUCUUUGUCUAUAAAUUAUAAAGAUAAUAUAUAAAAUAUAAUGGAGGGGAGGGGGGAGAUCUAAAUGUUGAACAGAGCAGUCAUGGGUUAAUGACCUGAUAUUAAGCUAUCACAUAUCUGACAAACUCAUAAGCAAAAAAAACAAAAAAUCAUAUCUCAACAUGUCAGUGUUGCACAAACUGCACAAACUGUUAAUUUGGCAACUAAGCCCCACCCCUUACAAUUAAGACAAUUUCCUUGGUGUAAAACAAGCCCCAUUCAUGUCUUAGUAGUUUUUUCGAUUUUUAUAGAUCCAGUGUGUGGGGUUUCAGGAGAUUCAGAGGCAGAAAUGGAUCAGAAUAUUUACCAGCCAGGACAGUAUCUGUGAUUGCCAGGUGUUUAUAUGUCUGUCUGUCAGUCGUUCUUUCCAGACCCCGACCUAUAGCUGAUUUAUUGUAUUGAGGAUUAUUACAUUUUUUUAAGUGUUUCUAUUUCUACUGGCGCACGCUUUCUGGCACUUAGAGCACUAGCAGCCCCUGGUCUAUUGAGUUAGCACAGUGAUUUGAGUUGGUAAGACAGACACACAGGUGAGAGAAUUGGGAGAAACAACACAUGGAGAAGUUGAUCAAGAUUAGACUUACAUGUUUAUUCAUCCCCACAAACUUCAAAAUUAGUACGACUCAUAUCUUAAUAUGUGGCGUGGCAAUAUAGUAGCCUAGAUUGGACAGGCCACGGUUUUAGCAGCCACCGUGGGUGGUGAGGGGGCUUUCAUUGGUUGCAGUCUACAAUCUCAGCUAGAUGGCACUAAAUUCCAAAGAUUGGACCUUUUUAUUGUUGACUGAACAUUAUCUGUGUAGGUAGACAAGAAUGGUAUAAAGAAGUAAGCAAUCUACGCAUAUACAGUAGAAUUUAAAACCUUUACAACAACAAAAAUUUGACUAUUUUGAGAGAGCAGCAACAAUGAAAUCUUUCAGAUCAUUUGUCCAGGAUGGUGACGCCUUCUUGACAACGGUUGCACAAGACAUUCCUUAAAGUGGACGAGCAUGUUUUUGCAUAAAAUGGAGUGUUUUUCUGCUGGUUGGUGCUGUAUCAGCUGCUGUGGGUGUGAAGCUCAGGGAGGGAGGCUGCUCAGCUGGAGCUUUGCUGUUCCCAUCCAUCUGAAUGUCAGGACGUAGCAGAGCAGCAGGAGGGACAGAGCGAGAGAGCGAGUGUGUGUGUGUGUGUGUGUGUGUGUGUGUGUGUGUGUUACUAAUAUACCAAAAUACCAGAUGUCCUCAAGGUUAGUAAGAAGGAGGAAAACAAGGAAAUCCCCCCUACCUGACGACAUUUUACCUGCUUUCACCUCUUCAUAGGCCAGUUUAAAAGGAACUGGGGACAGUUCAGCCUUUAAAUGUUAGUUUAAUGGUAAUGGUGUAAUAUGUUGUAUUUUUGGAUCCGUUCUGCUGUUCAGUCUUCAUUUUAAUUACCAUUAUUAUCUGUUUGAAGCUGCUACUGCUGCAACUGGCUCCUUCCAAUUUGAACCCAUUUUGUUUUUGAAAGUAUUUUCUUAUUCCCUGUGAAAACUUAAUAUGUAGCAGUAACAUGUAGCAACUAAACAACAUUAUUUCACCACACACUAUUAGAUAACAUGUGCUUAUUAUAUAUGAGCAUGUAGUGUAGUAAAAGGUGGAUUUUUCCUAAAUCAGGACACAAUUUCAGCUCGGUAUAGUAGUUAGGACAUCAACAUUGUCCUUCUAGGUCCAUUAAUGUCCUUCCAGAAAUCGUGUGUGUGUGUGUGUGAGCGAGCGCGUGCUUUUAAUAUGAAAGAGGGCUGUCAUUUUUCAUCUCUCCAACACUAGAGGGAGUAGAGGACAAAGGAUGGUUGAUGAGGGUGCCUGUGUCUCACUGCAACUGGAAAGUGUGUGUGUGUGUGUGUGUCAGUAUUGGUGCUUUCCUGAGAGCAGCAACUGAACAAUAACCUGUACAUUCUGUUUACCUGUCAUUUAUUUUCUAUUAUCCAACGUGACGUGUAACAUGUUUAACCUGCUGAUGAUCUGGUUCUACAGUCUGUACAGCAUUUUUGAUUAUAACUUAUUGUUUUGUAACUGUUUCGUCAUGUCGUUGUUUUUAACUUAUUCGAUGCCGCGGGGGAAUAUGACCAGAGAUGAGUCAUGUAGUCUUUGAAGUGUUGCCAAAGUUAUGAUGUUGAACUCCCUCUCACACACAUGUUUUCACACAGCAGAUGGGAGUUUCUGCAGUGCAGCAGUCGUACCUGUCAGGGCAGCUGUGAGCUGACUGUGUGGCUUCAAUAAAACUAAACAGAAAACC